GUGUGACUGUUCUUCUGACAGAAGACUUCUGUUGACUAGUUUGUGUUCAUGUGUUGUGUUUGUAAGAAACUUCGCCUCGAAAUUUCAGAUUAAUAUCCAUGAACACAAAUAUGGACUGGGGGACGGUUUUACUAGUGCUCGCUGUAGCAUUUCACGUAGACGGCUUCUCAAAGUACGGCCGAACAUGUAAGGACAUUGGAUGCCUAAACAGUGAAGUGUGCGUGCUAGCCGAAGAUCCCUGCUCAUUCGGACGCAGUUCUAAUUGUGGGACAUACCCGACAUGUAAAAAGAAGUCGCAGGUUGUUGCAAGUGAAGGUUCACACUCAGAACCAGCACGACCAUCCGUCCCCAAACCUGUACCAAACACUCCCACACGUGACUAUGACUCAGCCCCUAAUUACCCUGCGCCUGCACCCCCCACUAACACCCACAGCGGUUCUCCAUAUGGUAGUAGAUCACCAUACGACAACUCCCCCUAUGGAAGCAAUGGCGGAAGUUCUCCUUAUGGCGGAAGCUCUCCUUAUGGCGGAAAUUCUCCAUACGGCGGAAGCUCUUCCUACGGUGGAAACUCUCCUUAUGGCGGAAGCUCUUCUCAUGGCGGUUCAACUUUUGGUGGCAACUCUCCUUAUGGCGGCUCCCCGUACGGUGGUGGAAAUUCACCAUACGGAGGAACACCUAGCAGAGGAAGCCCUUACGGAGGCGGCUCGAAUCCUUACAGCCCAAGCACUAAUGGUGGAUUCGGAGGCUCUGGUGGAAAAAGUCCAUUUGACAGCAUUUUAAAUACGUUGAACAACUUCGCUAACGGCCACGGCAGUGGAACAGGAACAGGCACAGGCACAAGCACAGGCACUUCUGGAAACAGUCUAUCCAACAUCUUCGGAAACCUUCUCGGAAACAGCCCUCAACCUGCCUACCAACAGCCGAACUAUAAUAAGAAUUAUGGACAAAACUAUGGUCGCAAUGGAGCCACAACUCGAAAGCCAGUCCAUUAUGGCUGGAAUGUUAGCAUCACAGUGAUUUUCACGUACCUGGUACAACUGUACGUCCAGAACAUUAUAAGGAAUUAAUAUAUAAUUGUUAUUAAUGUUUUUUUUAAGGUGCUUUAACAGAUGUAACUUUAUUUAUACGUUACCGCAAAACCAUUAUUGCUUAAAUAAAAUGUAUUUCUUA